AUGAUUCGAGCACACGCUGUUCAACAGGAGUUCCUCAGGUGCAAUGCUUGUAGUGAGGAUUACGACGAGGAGAUCCACAUACCAAGAGUGUUACCUUGUCUACAUACCCACUGUCAAGUCUGUAUCCGUAAAUUGUCGACCACGAACAUCAUUAUCUGUCCUAACUGUAGGACAAAGAAUAGACUUCCAACAACAGGGGUACGUGGCUUACCUAUAGACACAACGAGACGGAAUCUGUGCGAGUUUAUAAAAUUGAGAAAGACAGAUUCAUGUAUUACUUGCAAAGAUUGUCCCGAGGAUAAUGAAGCUUCAGGCUUCUGUAAAGAUUGUAAUAUAUACCUAUGCUUGGACUGUAAGGAGACACACAAACGGAGCAUCGCGACUAGAUCCCAUGAAAUUUUGAAAAUUGAAAAUAUGAAAGUUUUUGCUGGUUCAGAGGUAUUUCGGCGGCGUCUGAAGUGCACAAAGUCGGGUCACGAGGGCCAGCUAUUGGCCUUCUACUGUUCCAAGAAGGAGUGCAGAGCGCCAUUGUGUAAAGUGUGCAUAGAGCGGGAUCACAAAACGUCCGAAGGUCACGUGGUACAAAAUAUAGAAGAGGUGCAGCAACUGAAAAUGACUGAAUUGAAGAGGGUUUUCUGCCACCUGGGAGAUAUGGUCACAUUUACAAGGACAAUAGUUGAACAACUGGAGCAGGAAAUACUGAAUAUUGACAUCAGGGAAUUUGAAAUGGAAAAAGAAUUAGAGUCAACGUUCACUGAAUGCCAAAGGAUGUUAGAAAAACGGAAAGACGAUUUAAAAGCAGAAAUUUCAAAAAUCUGUAAAAGGCAAAGGGUCGUCUUAGUAAGCAAAUCAGAAAAGAUGGGAAACUUCAUUGACACGGUUACGAAGAAAGAUGAUGAUGACUAUAAAUCUGUUUCAGUUCGCCUUAUUCUGUUUCUGUUUACAGCCCCGGAGAUUAUAUUGGACAGAGACACGGUCCACAAAUACCGUGCUGUCAGUGACUGCGGUCGAAAACUUCACAGCAAGCCAACAUCUAAGACAAAGCCUGGACAACCAUUGUACCGUAGGAAACAGCUGCAAACCUACCGAGGUGUUGUAGGAAAUCGGUCGUUUCAUCAGCCGGGCAGAUUCUAUUUCGAGGUAGUUAUUGACAUCGAUAUCCUGAAGGACUUGGAUAACUCCAACUUCGUGUUUGAGGUAGGCCUUUGUAGCUUAGAGGAAGUAGAUCGGGUCACUACCUAUAUGAACAAGACCACGCCUGGUCACUUUGUGGGCAGCAUUGUGAACGGCAUGACAUGGUGUGUCGGUACCUUCGCCACAGAGGGCGCAACCUUAUGCACAGAGAACUCACUUUCAGGACAGCAGGGACUCGGUUAUGUGAAGGGUACGGAUUCCUGCUUGACACGGAGUUGAGCAGGUUGACCGUGUACGACUGCCUGACACAUACCAAGAUCUUCACAUUCGAUGACGUCGGUCCUAGUCUGGAACUGUGGCCCGUAUUUGGUUGUCACUGGCCAAGUAAGGUUAAUGUCACUAUAACGGUCAGGAGUGGACGUGACAUUACUCUGCCCGAUGUUCUUGCUACACGCUCACUCUCAAUGGUAACGUAAGAUGGCAAAAUUAUGCAAUAACACAUGGUUCAGUAAAUAUGUUCAACUUUGUUCGGCUUUUUGCAUCCACAAUCUAGACUUUGUAAAUUUAUGUUCACAAAACUUUGUAUUUCUAGUUGUUAUUUUUAGUUAGUUCGCAAGCAGCUGGGCCAUGAUUUUUUCAUGAUCUCUGGACAUUCA